AUGGACGAAGAAUCGGCACUGCGGCUUCCGACGAUGACCCUCGAGAAAAGGUGUCACUCAAGCGGGAUCUCGGAGGCCAUUGUCAACCUUAUGGCCGGGUGCGGGAAGGUCGAGAAUCGCGCGGGCGGAAGGGAUAUUGAGAGUCGUAUUCCGUUGCCGGGGAUGGACACGGAGAGUAUCGAGGCGCUGCGCUGUCUCGAAAAUGCCUCGCAGAACGCUUUUCCUAAUGCCAUGGCCUCCUUUUCCUACUCGACCAAUUUUUCCUUGACUCUGCUUGCGUCGCUUCAUGCUCCCCCGCGGGCGUUGGCGCCGCCCACUCUCGACGCCGCGUCAUCAUCAUCAUCAUCAUCAUCAUCAUCAUCAUCAUCAUCAUCAUCAUCAUCAUCAUCAUCAUCAUCAUCAUCAUCAUCAUCAUCAUCAUCAUCAUCAUCAUCAUCAUCAUCAUCAUCAUCCUCAUCACCAUCAUCAUCAUCAUCAUCAUCAUCAUCAUCAUCAUCAUCAUCAUCAUCAUCAUCAUCAUCAUCAUCAUCAUCAUCAUCAUCAUCAUCAUCAUCAUCAUCAUCAUCAUCAUCAUCAUCAUCAUCAUCAUCAUCAUCAUCAUCAUCAUCAUCAUCAUCAUCAUCAUCAUCAUCAUCAUCAUCAUCAUCAUCAUCAUCACCAUCACCAUCAUCAUCAUCAUCAUCAUCAUCAUCAUCAUCAUCAUCAUCAUCAUCAUCAUCAUCAUCAUCAUCAUCAUCAUCAUCAUCAUCAUCAUCAUCAUCAUCAUCAUCAUCAUCAUCAUCCUCAUCAUCAUCAUCAUCCUCAUCAUCAUCAUCAUCAUCAUCAUCAUCAUCAUCAUCAUCAUCAUCAUCAUCAUCAUCAUCAUCAUCAUCAUCAUCAUCAUCAUCAUCAUCAUCAUCCUCAUCAUCAUCAUCAUCAUCAUCAUCAUCAUCAUCAUCAUCAUCAUCAUCAUCAUCAUCAUCAUCAUCAUCAUCAUCAUCAUCAUCAUCA